CCCUGCAUUGUUUCCCUCGACCGAAAAAACAUGGAUACCGCGAACCCGCUGCAGAUUCAGGGAACCUUUCAAACAAAAUUGAAGCAAAAUCAGAAUGACAAUGUUAGGGUUUCUUACUAUCCCAUACCAAUGGAAGAUUUCCCCAUCUCUCUCUUCAUCUUCAUCACCUUUUCCCCUCUCAACGAGAUCUUUCCUCUCCUUUCCACUCUUCAAAUUCCCUCUCCAUUACUCGGAAUCUCAAAUUUCUGGUAAACGCAAAAGAUUCGCGGCGUUGGCGAGUAAUAACGACAAUGGAUUGGGCGGAAAUAUCAAGGAGAGAGAAGGAGAAAGAAAUGGAGCGAAGGGAUCCAAGGGCGACGAUGACUUGAGGAAAGAACGAGGGCCGGUUUUCAAUAUCAAAUGGGCUGAACUCUUAAUCGAUCCGGAUCCUGAUAACAUCUUGGCCGUGGCGUUGACUGGCUUGCUUGCUUGGGCAAGUGUUCAGGUUUUGUGGCAGCUAUUCUUCAUCUCUUUGGCUAUUUUAGUGGCUGCUCUUAAGUACUCUUUUAUUGCUGCGCUUCUUAUUUUCAUUCUAAUUACAUUACUAUAGAACUACAACACCAUCAUUCUUGUAUAGUUCCUUCCCUUUUAUGACUGUUUAUUAUCAAGAGAAGGUUAAAUUUCAAAGAUAGCAGGUUUCUGUCACGUCCUGGUUUUUGAAUUGUUAAUUUAAGCACUCUUAGUAACCCAUUUUUGGAAUGUCCAAAGCCAAGUCCGCCAAUCCUAUAACAGCCCAUGUAAUGAACUUUACUGGGUUAUGAGCAGGUAUUUUA